AAUUUGAACUCUGUUUCUUUUCCCUCCCCUUCUCUCUCUCUCUCUCUCUCUCUCUCGCAGUAUUUGAUCAAUCUCACUCUCUUUUGAAGCUUCAAUUUGUUCAGAAUCAGAAACAAUGAAGUCAAAUGCAGCAGAAUCAAUGGAGACUGGUUUCUUGGGAAGUAUAUCCGCUUCUUCCUUCCGCAACCUCCUUCCUCGAUCCAUGUCUUCUAAGAAAAAACACAAUUCCUCCCUUACCAUGAAAAUCCCCAAAUCAAUCUCUGAAAAUACGCCUCCUUCUCACCCAAACAUUCCGCCCAAGGACAACGAAAUCUCCACUUCCGUUUCCAAGUCCGAAUUCCGAGAUUCCCACAACGAUGCCUCCGCUCUAGAUUCCAAUCUCGAUCAAUCUGCAUCUCAGCCGCUUAAUUUCAAGGAUGAAAUCGUUCAAUCAGACAGCCAGCAUGAAAUGCACGCUACUCUUGAUCCACCGAUUAAGGUUGUGGUAAGAAUUAGACCUAACGAUAUAGAAGAGGAAGUGGACAGGACGGUGAAGAGGAUCUCUUCAAAUGAAUUGGCAUAUGGAGACCGUAAACUGUCUUUCGAUUCGGUUUUCGAUUCAGAUUCGAAACAGGAAGAUAUCUUUCAGAAGAUCGGAAUUCCGCUAGUCAAGGAUGCGUUGGCUGGUUAUAACACUUCCAUCAUGUCAUAUGGUCAGACGGGAAGUGGCAAGACAUUCACAAUAUGGGGUCCUCCAAGUGCUAUGGUUGAGGAUCCUUCACCUUCUAGUAACCAAGGCCUUGCUCCUCGCAUCUUCCAUCUGCUGUUUUCCGAGAUUCAAAAAGAACAAGAGAACUCUGAAGGAAAACUGAUAAAUUAUCAGUGUCGUUGUUCUUUUAUAGAGAUAUUUAAUGAACAAAUUGGGGAUUUGCUUGAUCCAUCCCAGAGAAACCUUAAGAUAAGGGAUGAUGCAAAGAAUGGAUUGUAUGUGGAGAAUGUCACAGAGGAAUACGUGACAAGCUAUGAUGAUGUAACUCAGAUUCUCAUCAAGGGCCUUUCGAGUAGAAAAGUCGGAGCAACCACUAUAAAUUCUAAGAGCUCUAGGUCUCAUAUUGUGUUCAGUUUCAUCAUCGAGUCGUGGUGCAAGGAAACUUCAUCCAAGUAUUUUGGUAGUUCAAAGACAAGCAGAAUCAGCCUUGUUGAUCUUGCUGGAUUGGAUAGAAAUGUUAACGAUGCCAUGGGUAGACAAUCCACAAGAGAAGGAAAGAAUUUGAAGAAGUCGAUGUCCCGUCUCGGGCACUUGAUCGAUAUGCUAACUAAAGAAAACGAAUUAAGAACAUCUGAUGAUCGUUUGUACAGAGGUUCGUGCUUGACCCAUUUAUUAAGAGAGUCAUUGGGGGGCAAUGCCAAGCUAACAGUUAUUUGUGCCAUCUCUCUUCAUAGUAGCUAUUCAGGUGAAACAUUAAGGACGUUAAGAUUUGGACAACGUUUGAAGUCCAUUAAGAAUCAACCUAUCAUAAAUGAAAUCAAAGAAGACGAGGUUAAUGAUCUGAGUGAUCAAAUUCGUCAACUAAAGGAAGAACUUAUAAGAGCAAAUGCCAACUCAGGCACGUCGGAUCAAAAGAGUGGUUGCUUUCAAGGGCCUAAUGUACGAGAUAGCCUAAAUCAUUUAAGACUUAGUAUCAACCGCUCUCUGAUUUUGCCAUGCAUUGAUAAUGAUACAGACGAAGAGGUUAAUUGUGAUGAGGAAGAUAUGAGGGAAUUACAUCAGGAACUUGAUAAGUUCCAGAGAUUUUCUGAAGAGAACUCGAAUAAAAGAGAUUCACUAAAGUUUUCCUCUGCUGGAGAAAGUUUUGAUUCAUAUUCAACGAGUGAUGAUGAAGUAAGUUCUCCCCAAACAAUUGAAGAAAUAAACCAAGAGGAGGAACACCAGGAUGAAGAUUUUCAUGAGGACAAGAUUAUUUUACCAGAAAUGGUUCUUGAUCCUGUGAAUCGAAGGAGUAUUACUCUCAGCUCAUUCUGUCACCUUCCUAAUCUUGAAGAUCCACCAUUAUCUGAGUCGCCAAAAAUUAGAAAUUCUCAGAGGAAAAGUUUGGCUGUUGCACCGAGUUUUAAAGAAGUACUGAGGCAGUCACUGAAUCAGAGUAAGAACUUAAGAUCCUCACUGCGAUCCAGCAAUAAAUUUGAGGAUCACACUGAGUCCUUAGCAGCUAGUCUUCAAAGAGGUCUGAAGAUAAUUGAUUAUCACCAGCAGCAAAGCUCACCAUUAAACAAAUCUACAGUAUCCUUCUCGUUUGAACACUUGGCGCGAAAAUCAUGUCAACAUAUUGACAAGCCUAUAUCUUCUCCCCAUCUGCUUUGUGCAUCUUGCCAAAGAAAAAUUACAGAGAAUGACAUCAAUGAAUUCCCGAGUAGCUCGAGUGAAGUUGUAGCAGUAAACCAAUCUAGGCUUCUCAAUGCUGUUGUAGGAUUCAACGACGGAGAUGAUCUUGAAAAGGAGACUGUACAAGAGAAAUUUGGAAUAAAGGAAGUGCAGGAGGUUCAAGACAAAGGAAAUGGUUUCACGGAUGUGUCAGAGAAGGAAGAACUUCUUAAAGAAAUCCAUGCUUUAAAGAGCAAGCUACAGACCUUUGCUGAUGUUUCUGGAAGCAAGUCAACUGACAAGCUGAGAUCCUCGUUAUUGUUAUCAUCACGCUCCAUCCAACUCAGAAAAAGCGGUCAAAGUAUCAACGGGGAGGAACUUGAAAAAGAAAGGGAAAGAUGGACAGAAAUGGAGAGUGAAUGGAUUUCAUUAACUGAUGAACUGAGAGUUGAUUUGGAAUCGAUUCGACAGCGCGCGGAGAAGGUCGAGCAGGAACUGAAAAUGGAGAAGAACUGCAAUGAGGAGUUGGAGGAUGACCUUCAUAGAUCUGUUCUAGGACAUGCUAGAUUCGUCGAGCAUUAUGCAGAAUUGCAAGAGAAAUACAAUGAGUUGGCUAGCAAGUACCGUGCCAUCAUGGGAGGGAUAGCCGAGGUGAAAAGGGCAGCACAAAAGGCCGGUUCCAAAGGCCAUAGUUCUUCUCGCCUUUAUAAAUCUCUUGCUGCAGAGCUUUCAGCUCUGAGAUUUGAGAGGGACAGAGAGAGAGAAUUCUUGAAAAAGGAAAACAAAAGCCUCAAGCUUCAACUUAGAGACAUGGCCGAAGCUGUUCAUGCUGCUGGGGAGCUUCUUGUUAGGCUUAAAGAAGCAGAACAUUCAGCAUCAGCUGCAGAGGAAAACUUUAGAACAAUUAAGGAAGAAAACGAGAAGUUGAAGAAACAAAUGGAGAAGCUCAAAAGAAAACACAAGAUGGAGAUGAUCACAAUGAAGCAGUAUCUUGUAGAGAGUAAGUUGCCUGCUGCUGCUCUCGAACCGCUGUAUCACGAUCACUCCGACGUCGUAACCGACAAGGGAGCGUCAUGUAUGGAGGAUGAUCAAGCCUGGAGAUCAGAAUUUGGAGCUAUAUAUCAAGAACAGCACUACUAGCUAUCUAGUUUGAACCAAAUGCUAUCAACUUUGGUUUGAAGAAGAGAGAGACCCUACUUGGGUCAUGUGAGAUUGGUUUUUUAUUGUAAUGUAUGGAUGAUUCUUUAAGAUUGAUUAGUGCCAUUAUUUAUCCAAAGUUCCAA